AUGAUUGAUAACCCAAGAAUCGAGUAUGAUGGCACUGUCGAUGAGAAGGUUUUGGAGCAGAACGACCCGAAGGAUAAUGCAUCUUUUACUGAUAUAGCCAACGCUGCUACCUUCGAAACAUAUGGCCAUGUCCAGAGAGACUUGAAGGCUCGACAUGUAACCUUCAUCGCACUCGGUGGGAAUCUUGGCACAGGCCUGUUUCUGGGAAUAGGCCGGGCACUGAGGACGUCAGGGCCGCUCUCACUCUUCCUCGGAUACGCCAUUGCAAGUUCUGCUGGCUUUAUGAUGAUGAUGGCGCUCGGGGAAAUGGCCGCGUGGCUCCCACUACCUGGUGCCAUUCCUCAAUUCUGCGCCCGCUAUGUUGACGAUGCCCUCGGCUUUGCUGUUGGCUGGAAUACUUGGUUUACGGCAGUCAUCACACUAUGUGCUGAAAUAUCAGCGGCUUGCAGUAUAAUCCAAUUUUGGUCGGGUGCUGAACAUGUCAGCGUCGCUGUGUGGAUUGUGGUUCUCAUCGUUGCUCUGUUAGCACUCAAUAUCCUAGCAGUCAAAGUAUAUGGAGAAGCCGAGUUUGCUUGUGCGUUGAUCAAACUCUGUGGGAUAAUCGGUCUACUCAUCACUGCACUGGUGAUUGACCUUGGAGGAGUCCCAACUCAGAACCGGCUUGGAUUCCAUUACUGGAAGACCGAUGGUAUUAUGAAGGAGUAUAUUGCAUCAGGAAGUACCGGUCGGUUUCUGGGGCUAUUUUCCACAUUGGUUAACGCAUCGUUUUCUUUGGGCGGUGUUGAAACCGUCGUGGUCGCCGCUGGAGAAGCCGAAAACCCGCGACGAAACAUUCCAAGGGCAAUUCGACGUGUCUUUUGGAGACUCUUGUUCUUUUUUGUCCUUGCUUCCUUGGCACUCGGAAUGAUCUGUCCCAGCAACAAUUCUAAGUUGCUGGGAGCUAGCUCUUCUUCUAAUGCCGAGUCUCCCUGGGUAAUUGCAAUCAACUUAGCGGGUAUCAAGGCCCUGCCAUCCAUUGUUAACGUUGUGGUCCUUAUUGCUGGCAUUUCCGCCGGGAACUCAUACGUCUUUAUGGGAUCCAGAUAUCUCUAUGCAUUGGCCUCGAACCAUCAGGCACCUAAGAUCUUCCUACAUUGUACCAAGCAAGGGAUCCCAAUUUACGCCCUUCUGGUGACCAUGUCAAUCUCUUUCCUGACAUUCAUGUCAAUGGGCUCUAGCUCAAACAUUGUCUUUCAGUGGUUCCAAAAUCUAACUACGGUCUCUACUCUGUACACCUGGAUUUCGAUCUGCAUUGCAUACAUGCGCUUCCACGCCGCUCUCAAAGCGCAACAUAUUGACCGAUCAGAUCUCCCAUUUUCAUUUCCGCUACAGCCUUAUUCCACAUAUUUCACGUUGGGAUAUCUAUGCAUUGUGGUCUUCUUUAACGGAUUUGAUUCUAUUGCUGGUGGGUUUAACCUGCCAGGGUUCAUCACCUCAUACAUCGGCUUUCCCCUUUUCUUCGGUUUCUUUCUUUUCUGGAAGAUCUUCAAGCGCACAAAGUGGAGGCGGCCUGAAGAGGCCGAUCUAUUCACCGGAAAGGCUGAGCUCGAUGCGAUAGAGUGGCCCCGGAAGAUACCGAGGAAUUUCGUGGAAAGGGUUUGGCUGGCGUUUAUUUGA